AUGUCGGAAGACUUGGGAUUUGAUCCAUCGCUAAAGAAGAAGAAGAAGGUCAAGAGCAAAACUGAUGCUGAGGAGGUUACCACACCAUCUGAGGAAAAUUUAGACGAAAUGUUCUCGACUCUCAAGAAGAAAAAGAAGAAGACAAAAGAAACCGAUACCCCAGAACCAGUGGAUGAGCUUGUCGACGGACUCGAAGGCCUUAAGUUGAAGAAGAAGAAGAAGAAGAGCACCAAAUCCAGUGAAGCAGAUGACUUUGACAAACAAUUGGAAAAAGCUGGUAUUCAUGCUGACGAUCAAUCAUCUCCCUCGACUGAUCAAUUACAGCAAUCACAAUCAGAAGACUCUCUCACUAAUACAGUUCUGGCAUAUGAAAAUCUUCUUUCAAGAUUUUACAGCAUUCUCAAAGAAAAGAACCCUGAAUUGGCUGGAGGCCAGCAGACUAAGCUUAAGAUCCCUCCCCCUGAGGUGGCCAGAGAAGGUAAUAAGAAGACCAUGUUCGCCAAUGUGCAGACGAUCGCUUCUGUCUUGCAAAGAAACCCAGAGCAUCUCAUUCAAUAUUUGUUUGCAGAGUUGGGUACUUCAGGUUCUAUUGAUGGUGAGAAGAGACUCAUUAUCAAGGGAAGAUUCCAAGCAAAGAAUAUCGAGAGUGUGCUGAGAAGAUACAUCCAGGAAUAUGUUAUCUGCAAGACUUGCAAGUCCAUGAACACAGAGCUCAAAAGAGAAAGCACCAACAGACUGCAUUUCAUUGUGUGUCGCGCCUGUGGUUCCACCAAGUCGGUGUCGUCGAUCAAAACUGGUUUCCAGGCUCACGUUGGAAGAAGAAAGAGAGUGUAA